CAUGUUGUGAAAGACUAAGGAAUUUUUCUUUGAUUUUCUGGUUCAGCGCUGAUCAACUGAUUAACUCGACCAGAAGGAAAUAUUCAUUAUGGCCACUAAAGAAGUAAAUCCCGAGAAAAUUGGACAGGAAACCACCCCUGUCCACUGCAUCAGGAUCACCUUGUCCUCACGUAACGUCAGUUCUCUGCAGAAAGUCUGUAAAGAUUUGAUCAAUGAAGCCAAAAAGAAGAACGUAAAGGUUAAGGGGCCUGUACCUAUGCCAACCAAAACACUCCGUAUUACCACCCGUAAAACUCCUUGUGGUGAAGGUUCUAAAACUUGGGACAGAUUCCAGAUGAGAAUUCACAAAAGGGUUAUCGAUUUACACUCGCCUUCCGAAGUUGUCAAGGAAAUUACCUCAAUUUCUAUUGAACCUGGUGUAGAUGUUGAAGUUACUAUUGCUGAAAGUGGUCAAAACAUCCUUGGAAGCGUUGAAAUGUGCCAACACCCAGUAUCUCAUGAAGCAGAAGCGACGAAAGUAGUCGAACAAUCAGAUACAUAA